ACCGAUACCACUUUUUCUCUUCCGAUUCCGAAAACUCAAAUCUCAGUAUCGGCUGAUUCCGAUACCAGUGUUAUUUUUUUCAUAACCAGUUUAGAAUAUCUGUACCUCACUAAGUGAUGCUAAUUAUAUGUAAAGAAACACAAAUCUUUAACUACACAUUAUUUCAAUAUAAAUGUACAAACUAUUAAAGAAAAACUUUAGUAAAAGCUAGUCUACUGGAUAAUGCUAAGGCAAAAUGUACAUUAAUUCCAGUCUAAGUGCUUUUAUUUUGACAUUCUGAACUCUCCAGGAAGUCCUGUAUGUGUCUGUUUGUAAGCAAGUUCAUAGUAGUUUAAUUCACUUCUUAUUCAAAUUCUGGUAAAAUGCCCCUCCAGUGCCAUUCUAAAUGCAUGUGAACCGAACUAUUGAGCAUCCACAUCUGAGAUGUUGUUCAUGGGUAGCGUUCAAAUGUUGCGCAAUGCCUGAAGGCUAAAAAUAGCCGUGAGUGUGUCUGUACACAGCGCAGCGCCAUUCAAUAAUAUGCUGGUGCUGCACGUGAAUAUUAUAUAUUUAGUUAUUAAACACAGCCUUUUGUGAUUCACAGGGCUAUUGCACGUCUUAAAGUGGAUUUAAAAAAAAAAAUGCAUGAGUCAUAUGAACUGCUUUAAUGGUGUUUUAUUAUUCUUUAUAUGUCAUUUUUGGAACUUGACAGUCACGAACAUGACUUACACACAGUAUCAGAUUUGGAUCGGGCUUGCCGGACCGAUACCCGAUCAAUCUAAAAACAUCAGUAUUGGAUCGGUGCAUCUCUACUUUUCAAAAGCAGAAGUUUAGGAAUACGUUGGGCUUUCUGUCUGUACACUAACUUUCUGUCUGUCUUUCAUUAACCCUUCAUUAUUUCUCAGCCUGUGUGUGUUUGUGUCUCAUCUAUGUGUGUUCUGAUGUCACACUCUCCCCCCUGCACCGCGGCCUUUGCACCAUGGAGCUGUGUGUAUAAUGACUACUCCAACCUGACACGUGGUGUCGGCCGCUUCCGAGAGAUUCUCCGAGCCAUUGAGACCAGGACUACUCAGAACCUUAGAAUGACUAUUGCCAGGCAGCUUGCUGAGAUCCUGCUGAGGGGCAUGUGUGAACAGAGUUACUGGAACCCCCUGGAAGACCCCCCUAACCACUCCCCACUGGACGACCCGCUCAGACACACCACACACACCAAGGACUACGCCCUCAGCCGCCGCCCACGUAUCUACUCAGGAGAGAAUUUGUUUUGUCCACAGGAGAACACAGAGGAGGCCUUACUCCUGUUAUUGAUCAGUGAAUCUAUGGCUAACAGAGAUGCUGUAUUAAGCCGAAUACCCGAGCACAAUAACGACCGUAUGAUCAGUCUGCAGAGCGCCUCGCUGGUGUACGACCUGUUGACCAUAGCGCUGGGCCGUCGCGGACAGUACGAGAUGCUCUCAGAGUGUCUCGAAAGAGCCAUGAAGUUUGCCUUUGAAGAGUUCCAUCUCUGGUUCCAGCUCGCUCUCUCCCUGAUGGCUGCUGGGAAGUCGGCUCGAGCAGUGAAGGUGCUGAAGGAGUGUAUAAGAUUGAAGCCGGAUGAUCCCACUAUUCCACUGCUGGCUGUCAAGCUGUGUAUUGGAAACCUGCAUUGGCUGGAAGAGGGUGAGUGCUUUGCUAAAAUAGUGAUUGAUAUGGGUGAGAAGGCAGCUGAAUUCAGGUCAAAAGGGUAUCUUGCUAUUGGUCUGGUCUACAGUCUGAAAGCCACAGACGCGUCUCUUCGAGGAAUGCAGGAAGAGUAUCAGAAAAAAGCACUGAGUGCUUUUCAGAGGGCACAGAGUCUAUCUCCCACUGAUCAUCUGGCUGUUUUCUACCUGGCACUGCAGCUGGCUGUAUCUCGACAGAUUCCAGAGGCUCUGGGUUAUGUACGUCAGGCAUUACAACUGCAGGGGGAUGAUGUUCAUUCUCUGCACUUGCUGGCCUUGCUGCUGUCUGCUCAGAAACACUACCAUGAUGCUCUCAACAUCAUUGAGAUGGCCCUCAGUGAAUACCCAGAGAACUUCAUUCUUUUAUUCACAAAGGUAAAGUUGGAGACAUUGUGUCGAGGCCCCGAAGAGGCAUUACUCACCUGCAAACGCAUGCUGCAGAUCUGGAAGUCCUGUUACAACCUCACCAACCCCAGUGAUUCUGGUAGGGGGAGCAGUCUGUUAGACAGAGCUAUCGCUGACCGUCGCCAGCUGAGCGCCAUGACACUACCUGACUUCAGUGAUCCAGAAACAGGCAACCUUCCAGAUGCUUUCUUUCAUGGUUUUGACUCUUUAAUUGGGGUUUGUUCCAUCCAUGCCACCUCCAUAGCAGCCUCACGGGUGGAGCAGGCACUGUCAGAGGUGGCUUCCUCCCUGCAGAGCAGCGCUCCAAAACAGGGACCCCUCCACCCUUGGAUGACCCUCGCCCAGAUCUGGCUUCAUGCAGCGGAGGUGUAUAUUGGAAUGGGGAAGGCGGCAGAGGCCACAGCGUGUACACAGGAAGCAGCCAACCUGGUCCCCAUGUCCCAUAAUGUGUUGUUUAUGAAGGGUCAGGUGGCAGAGCUGCGGGGGAACGUGGACGAGGCCAAGCGCUGGUAUGAGGAGGCGCUGUCCAUCAGUCCCACCCACGUCAAGACCAUGCAGAGACUGGGUCUGAUAUUGCAUCAGUUGCAGAGGUUUAGUCUUGCUGAGAAGAUAUUGCGUGAUGCGGUGCAGGUGAACAGCACAGCCCAUGACGUGUGGAACAGUCUGGGUGAAGUUCUGCAGGCACAGGGCAACGACGCGGCAGCAACCGAAUGCUUCCUCACUGCCCUGGAGCUGGAGGCCAGCUGCCCCAUCUUACCCUUCACCAUCAUACCCCGCAGCCUCUGAGACUCUUAGCCCUCACUACCAACAUAACCUCUGUCCUAGAGUCAUGCAUGAACUACAGCCCUUACACACAAUGCAAACCCCUAAAGACCCUGAAAUUCCCCUGCAGUCCUGGAAUGCCUGUAUCACCCCUCGUGACGUGCCGAGAUAGAGAGAAAGAGAGAGUGAGAGAACUCCGACCAAUAGACUUUGCAACCACUCACAAUACAGCUUUUAUCAUUGUGAUCUUUUCAGCACUGUUGUUUCUUCUCGUUCUCUUUUUCUUCCUUCUUUCUUUGCUAGUAUUUUCUCUUUCUUCUUGCUUCUGUACACUCAGGUGGUGAUGCCCUCCCUCAAAACUCCGCCCCCUCCAGAACUCUCAUUGGCCUGUGGGCCUUGUCGGUUUCACAUUACUGUAAGAUUGGACCAAUGUGACACCUGUACAAGCUGUUGUGAGGGUGAAGCAGGUAAUUGAUGCAGAAUGUCAUCAAAUCACGGUGCUUCCUUUUUCCCAAAACACAUCCUGAAAUCUACAUCCUUUAGAUUAUUGUACCUGUGUGUUAUAAGAAUAAGUAAUAACACUGACACAGAGGCGAACUUUAAAGGAUAGUUCACCCAGAAAUAAAAUUCUGUCGUUAUUCAGUCACCCUCAUGUUGUUAAAAAAACUUGUAUGACUUACUUUUUUUCGUGGAAUAGAAAAGAAUAUGCAAGUGAAUGGUGACUAAAGCUGUCAGUGUUCCACAAAUUCACUCAGGUUUGGAACAACAUAAGGGUGAGAAGAUGAUGACAUCAUUUUCAUUUUUGCGUGAAUCGCUUUAAGUGUGUUUAAGUGUGCUGCAUGUGUUUGUGCAGAUUUAAGUGGACAGAGUAUGUGUUUUGUUUAAAUGUGGUGAUGGCCUGGUGUGUGUGUGUUUACUUUGAAUGGAGUGCUCUGCUGCACACUGUUACAUUGGAUCCCACAAGUAAUAAAGAUUGUGUUUCUAUGCUGUUAUUCUUGAGGUCAGGUAUGUCAACCAUGACAUGACAUGACUCAAAGAGACACAUUACAUCUCCC